AUGCAGCAGCCUCCCCCCAAAUUGAGGCAUUCCCCUUUCCCUCCUCCAACUCGACUCCAACCGAACACCCCCCUCCAACACGCCAAUGCGAGUUUGAAGCAAAGCAAGGAAAAGAAGAAAAAAAAACGGCCCGACUUUGACUCGACUCGAGAACAUCUCUGCCCUGAAACAAGGAGGAUGCAGCAGCGUGAAAGAAAAAGAGGAAGGUAG